AUCUGCAUUGUGAGGAGAUAACGUCCAGUGGGAGUGGGGAUUAGAAGGAAAAUGCAGACAUAACUAACAACAGGUUAUUUUGUUGCAGUCAAACAGUAGAAAGCCAUUGCUAGGUUAUUACUUUUUAGUUAUCUUUCAUCAUGAGUUCCCUGUUUUUUUGCGAACCUCCGCUCGGUCCGGUCUGCAGCGGCUCCGGCGCGGUGACCAGCGCCCUGCGGAACGACCUGGGCUCCAACAUCCAUGUGCUGAAAACCCUCAACCUGCGCUUCCGGUGCUUCCUCGCCAAAGUCCACGAGUUGGAGCGGAGGAACAAGCUGCUGGAGAGCCAGCUGCAGCAAGCUCUGCAGCGGCCGCAGUGCCGACACCCGUUCGGCCGGGAGGUCGCCGUGCAGACGGACGGUCCCGAGUCCAGGCUCCCGGGUACCAUUUGGAGUUUCACCCACAUCCGGAGGCAAGGAGAGCGUUUCGAGACGCUGCACGGCCCCGGGGUGACGUGGACGCACCCGGACGGAGUCGGGGUGCAGAUCGACACCAUCACCCCAGAAGUGAGGGCUCUGUACAACGUGCUGGCUAAAGUGAAGCGAGAGAGAGACGAGUACAAGAGAAAAUGGGAGGAGGAGCUGUCCAAGCGAGAGCAGCUGGAAUCCACUGUGGAAUCCCUACAGCAGAGCGCCCAGGAGUCGUCAGAGAUCCAGGAUGAGCUGAACGAGAAGGUGGACAGACUGAAGGCUGAACUCGUGGUCUUCAAGAGCCUGAUGAGUGACCAAAUGACUGACCUGGACUCAAAGAUCCAGGAGAAAGCCAGACGGGUGGACAUGGACAUCUGCAGGCGUAUUGACAUCACAGCCAAGCUGUGCGACGUGGCUCAGCAACGCAACUCGGAGGACAUGUCGAAAAUGUUCAACGUCAGCCCCGCCAGGUCGCUCCCAGAGAAGGGUGCUGCAGCGUGCUGCAGGAGAAAGGAACGUAAGACUGUCUCCGAUGAGGAGAACUCGGAGAUGGAUGCUGAGCCAAGCACUUCUGAGGAGGAGGUUCCCGGAUCUCUCAACAUCACUGACGAGAUGAAACGCAUGCUCAACCAGCUACAUUGUUCAGAUAACUCGUUUGUUGCCAGGCGCGAGACGUUUGAAAUCGACGACGACUGCGACAGUCUGACGUGGGAGGAAAACGAGGACACUCUCUUGCUCUGGGAGGAUUUCGCAAACUACAACCUGCCGUGCACCAUCACUGCAACGACCUGCGCUGCCGCCUGCCCCUGCGAAGGCAGUGCCGAAGCGGCUGAUCCCGAUUCCCAGGAUGGAAGUCUUGGCAGCCUCAUUGAUGAAACGGAGACCCUAUUUAAGAGCAGGGAGAAGGAGUACCAGGAGACCAUCGGACAGAUUGAGAUGGAGCUGGCCACAGCAAAAAGCGACAUGAACCGACAUCUGCAUGAGUACAUGGAGAUGUGCAGCAUGAAAAGGGGCCUCGACGUGCAGAUGGAGACCUGUCGGCGGAUGAUUAAAGGUGGCAGGAACUCUCCUUCUUUCAGCUCGGUGGCCAGCAGCGACUCAGGGAACACAGACGAGAUCCAGGACGAGAUCUCGGAUAAAGAUGCAGAGACUGAAGUCCCGCUCAGUUGAUGGCUGCACAGCUGGGAUUUGUUCCAUCUCCUGUUGUCUGCCUCAGUUAAUCAUUGGGGUUUAAAUAUGAGCAAAAUGUCAUCGUGGCUGGAGGUGGAACAAACUUAACAUGGUGCAGGCUCUGAACUGGUGCUUUUAUACUGUUUUUGCUGUUUGGAAGGUGGUGGUGGUGGGUGUCUUUGCUUCAUAAAUGCAGACACCAAGCUGUGCUCUCUUUCUUGCCGCUGAUUCCAGGGCUUCAAAUCAUUUUGCAGAGGACAAAAAAAUAUUUUAAACAAGCUGAAAAGUAUUUUCUAUCCAGUUAAGAUCCUUUUUUUCUAAAGGAAUUAAAUACAGUACAUAUUGUACUCCUCCAUUCACCAAAAUGAUUGCUAUACAUCUCUUAGAUUGAGAAAUGUUUUGUUGCCCCUGAUUGAAAUACUCCCUUGAUUUUGUGUGAUCUGAACGCAGGUGUGGCAUUUAAAGUCCAAAUUGAAGUGUUGGGGUUUUAGUGUCUUCUGUCAGGAAGACAAAGAAAAGAGGAGACAAAUGGUGUUGAAGUUCUGCUUGUUUCUGAGGGAACUCUGCAGGCUUGCCAAAGUCGACAGAGGAAAGGAGCACAGCCUUUUUUGUAAAUGCACCGAUGCACUACUGAAUUCUAUGCAACUUAGUGAGCCUUAUUCUGUUUUGGACUGGCUAUCACCCGUUUUAGCUUCAUUUACAGACAUUUGCCUCUUUUAAGGAAAGCAGGUAUUUUUUAUGUUGUAUUGUCUUUGUUGGGGCCGUCAACUGGAAUAGAGCCCAUAAAAUACUAUAGUACGCUGCUUUGCAAAGGUGUUCAUAACCUUUGAGGUUCUUCAUGUUUUGCCACACUCCAACCAAGAAUGUUAUUGUUACAUUGGGAUUUUAUGUGAUAGGCCAACACAGGAGGUCCAUAAUAGUGAGGUACAUGUAAUACCAUAUGUGGUUUUCAAAUUACAAUUUUUGAUUUUUAGCAGCAGUAAAUGUGAAAAAUGUACUGUGCAGUGGCAUUCAGUUGUUCUGCAUCAAUACUUUGCAGAGCCACCUUUUUACAACUUUGCACACAUUCAAAUUUGCAAAAUGGUCCAAACUGAGUACGAUUGUACAGAGAGUAUCUAUAAACAUAAAUUUAUAGGUUGAUGUUUAUGCCAAUCUAUAAGUUACAGAUGCUGGAAGUUACAUAUCGGCAUGUGUAACUUUCCACAGUUAUUCAAUAAAAGUAUGUUUUGGGUUGUUGCUCUAGUCUCAAGUGUUCUGCAGCCUGUAACACGUUUUUUAAACAGUGGUCAUUCCCACAGAAGCAUAAACAACUCCUUUCAUUCCCACAGCUUAAUGCAGUGGUAAUGAAAAUGACGCUAGGUUUGCCAGUCAGUUUUCCGCACUAAAAUUGCACAUAUCCAAAAACCCCCCCAAAAAUUUAAAUUUUCAUCUGAUUCUCUGUAAAUGCCAGAUUUGUGGAGUACACAAAUAAAAACUAAUAAUUCACCUGUCCAAGUUUGUCUCCAUGCAGCUGCUUAUAGUUACCCUAGAUCUCAUGGUUGCAUCAUACUCCAUUCAUUUGAGGAUAAUUGGCUGAACAGAGCUCCCCCAUUAUAACAAUAUGUGUAUUUUAUAAUCUAAAAUACAGAUUUUGUUAAGACUAAAGGGGGUUGAAACCCAUAACUCUUCAGAUUUGUAUGUUUUUCAUAACUGGCAAUCCAAGCAUCAUUUUCAUUUCACUUAACAACUUUGUUUUAGCUUAUCACAGAAAUUCUCAAUAAAACACAUCGAUGUUGGUGACUGUAUUGUGACAAAAUCUGAACAAUGUUUAAAAGUGUGACUACUUAUGCAAGGCAGAGGAAGGCCAGGUUUUGCUUGCUGCUGAAGUAGGCAGUGCUCUGCUCUGAUUCAGAUGUGCUUCGUUAAGGAAAAACCACUCAUUGCUUGAAAAUGAGAAAGAUAGAGGAGUUGAAUAGUAAGAACCUCAAUCAUUAAUGGUAAACAACUCCUUUCAGCUUUUCGUGCUAAACCAAAGGGUAUAUUUCACAUUAAGCUAAAUAAAAUACAUUUCAGCUGCUUUACUUUAGGUGAUCGUUGUCCAUAUCCUGCUGUUCUGGAGAGUCCUCUCCAGGAGAGCAGAUUCCACUUAGUGCUUAGUUUUUUUAGAACAGGGCUAGAAACAUCGGCCUGUACAUCAGCUCUGCCAGCAUGUGAUCGUAUAUACCCCAGAGGCCUUUUGUGUUUAUGCUAACUCAUUUUGCUGCAGAUUGAGGAAAUAAUCCAGCACAGAAACUAAUCAAUGGAUGGAGAGAGAAUGAAUCUUUUUUUUGUUUGUUUCAAUCAUCUGUUCAUUUUAGAUUUUGAGUGUGAUUUACUGGAUGCAAGAUUAAGUGAUACUUCUAUCUGGAAGUUUUCGGGGGCAGAAUAUUCUGAAGCAUGCUGAUGUGCAGAAAAGAAGUUAUGUGUCUUUUCUAAUAUAUAUUUUGAGCUAAAAAGCUGCAAUACAGACUAUGUACUGUCUGUCAUAUUUGUUACUAAACUAUUUGUGGCAAAAGGUGUAUUUUCUUUAACCACACUGUGUUAACCAUUAGACUAUGUCGCUAUAUUAAGCUUUUAAUAACUUCAACAUAUUUGUUGCAAUUAUUUCUCAAUUACUAACACAAAACAAUACAAAAUUAAAACAUGAAAACAGUGAAAAACGGCCUCGCUAUUGUCUUCAGAUGAUAUGAAACCAGCCUGAUGAGAAACAAAGAGCCAUUCUGUUUUUUCUACUGGACUGUGUGAUACCAUUAUUUAACACUGUAUGGCCGCUGCAACCAUGAACGGCAGGUCUGAGGUUCUUCUCGCUCAUCUGAUCAUCACACUAACCAGCCAACCAAAGCAAUCAUGUACAGCAACACGAUGAAAUGAUUCUGACUCUGGAACGUUGCGCAGACUCAGUCUCAGUGCACAUGCCAACCACACAGGGUUUUCCCAACAUCCGUAUUUCCUGUAAACUACUGGAUGUCAGGUAAAACAUCUCCACUUUGCCACUACUUAAAGCAGGUUUCCCUCAUUUUAGUUCAAAAAGCUGCAGCAACUCAUUUAUUUGCUGAAUGUAACUUGAUUGGAAGCCUUUAAAGACCUUAAAAUAAUGUAGCUGUUAAAAACACAGGGACACAUGACGUUUGGUUAUCUGCUGAGAACUUCAGUGUGAGUUUUGCUUUACUGAACGGGUUCUCAAGCUUACCACCAACAACGCGCAUUGUAAAUUUGCUGGAUGUGAAUGUUUCAUAUAAAAAAAAAAAUAAAGGGUUUUAUACAAGGAGUUUUUAUUCAUAAAGUUUGGGGAUUAUUUGGUUAACAGUUUAUGUUCGUUUGCAAACAUAUUUGCUGUUUCAGUUCCAUGAAGGUGACUGGGAGGUCCAAGCUGCAGCAACAUUUGGAUAAAAGCUGCUGAACUCUAUCAGGUUCCAGUCUUGAUGUAUAUUUUGCCUCACAGGUAACAUCUUCAGUUUAAUUGGCAUUUUGUCUAUGUUUAUUUAUAUUCCUUACUCUUUUCUCUUACAUUUGUAAGUUUAUUAUUUGUAAUAUUUUUGUUGAAACUAUUUAUACGGUGUACUCAUGUGGGUGUUGGGCAGUCUUAGUUUCAAAAUGAUGAAUGUACUGAGUUAGUAUUGGGGUAAAGUUAAAUAAAGCGAUGGAUUGGUUAAAAAAAAAUGAUCUAG